AGGGAAUAUAUGAAGGAGGAGGUGGAGGAUUGUGCUGAAGAUGAGGCGACUGAAUCGGAAGAAGACCUUGAAUUUAAUGAAAGAACUGGAUGCCUUUCCAAAGGUUCCUGAAAGCUAUGUGGAGUCUUCAGCCAGUGGAGGCACAGUUUCUCUGAUAGCAUUUACAACAAUAGCUUUCCUGACUAUAAUGGAGUUCACGGUGUAUCGGGACACAUGGAUGAAAUACGAGUAUGAAGUAGACAAGGAUUUUACUAGUAAGUUAAGAAUCAAUAUUGAUAUUACAGUUGCCAUGAGGUGUCAAUAUGUGGGUGCUGAUGUUCUGGAUUUAGCAGAAACAAUGGUUUCCUCUGCAGAUGGGCUAAUCUAUGAACCAGUAGUAUUUGAUCUCAGCCCACAACAAAAAGAAUGGCAAAGGAUGCUGCAGAGAAUUCAGAAUAGGCUGCAGGAAGAACACUCUCUUCAAGAUGUGAUAUUCAAAAGUGCUUUUAAAAGUGCUUCAACAGCACUGCCACCACGGGAAGAUAAUUCAUUACAGUCUCCAGAUGCAUGCAGAAUUCAUGGUCAUCUCUAUGUCAAUAAAGUGGCAGGGAACUUUCACAUAACUGUGGGCAAGGCAAUACCACACCCUCGAGGCCAUGCACACUUGGCAGCCCUUGUAAGCCACGAAUCCUAUAACUUCUCCCAUAGAAUAGACCAUUUGUCAUUUGGAGAGCUUAUUCCAGGAAUUAUUAAUCCUUUGGAUGGAACAGAAAAGAUAGCAUCAGAUCACAACCAGAUGUUCCAAUAUUUUAUCACAGUUGUGCCAACCAAACUCCAUACGUAUAAAAUUUCAGCAGAAACUCAUCAGUUCUCAGUGACAGAAAGGGAAAGGGUAAUUAAUCAUGCAGCUGGCAGCCAUGGUGUGUCAGGAAUAUUCAUGAAAUACGAUAUUAGUUCCCUUAUGGUGACAGUGACAGAAGAACACAUGCCUUUUUGGCAGUUCUUAGUGAGACUCUGUGGUAUUAUUGGAGGAAUUUUUUCAACUACAGGAAUUUUACAUGGCUUUGGAAGAUUUGUAGCAGAAAUUAUUUUUUGCCGUUUCAGACUGAACUCUAACAAAUCCACAUUGGGCCCACUUCCUGACGGCCACGCAAGCAACCACUUACCUCUAAUUACAGACAAUAGUAUGCAUUAGCCUCCUGAGAAAGUUUUCCUUCUUCCUGUCUGAUACAGAAGACACUUUCUUUAUAAUAAAGAAAACGUUGUGCAAUAUGCUGAGACAGUGCUGACAGGCAGCAAAAAGUAAAGCCUUCACGAAAA